CGUCAUGACGCCUCACACGCAGCCCCACCCCUGCAGAGAUCCGCGGUGGGACGGAACCUGGGUUUCUCUCAAACCGGGAAUGUGAGGCUUUGGCCUGGCCGGCCGCUGUUCUCGGUACCACUUUUCACCCGGGGCUGCGUCCGCUGCCGCGGUUCCUCAGUUCGCCCGCGGAGGCAGGGCAGCCGUGCCUUUUGCCGUGCGCCCGCGUGGCUGCCACCGCCCCUCCGAAUCCUCCGGGGCCGCAGAGGGGUUCGCUACGGAGGGAGGCGGGGGCCUUCGGGAGGAGGCGGAGGAGGCGGAGGAGGAGGGAAGGAAGAUGGCGGCCGUGGAACUAGAGUGGAUCCCAGAGACUCUCUAUAACACCGCCAUCUCCGCUGUCGUGGACAACUACAUCCGCUCCCGCCGAGACAUCCGCUCCUUGCCCGAGAACAUCCAGUUCGAUGUUUACUACAAGCUUUACCAACAGGGACGCUUAUGUCAACUGGGCAGUGAAUUUUGUGAAUUGGAAGUUUUUGCUAAAGUACUGAGAGCUUUGGAUAAAAGACAUUUGCUUCAUCAUUGUUUUCAGGCUUUGAUGGAUCAUGGUGUUAAAGUUGCUUCAGUCUUGGCCUACUCAUUCAGUAGGCGGUGCUCCUAUAUAGCAGAAUCAGAUGCUGCAGUAAAGGAAAAAGCCAUUCAGGUUGGCUUUGUUUUAGGUGGCUUUCUUUCAGAUGCAGGCUGGUACAGUGAUGCUGAGAAAGUUUUUCUGUCCUGCCUUCAGUUGUGUACUCUACAUGAUGAGAUGCUUCAUUGGUUUCGUGCAGUAGAAUGUUGUGUGAGAUUGCUUCAUGUGCGAAAUGGAAACUGCAAAUAUCAUUUGGGUGAAGAAACAUUUAAAUUAGCUCAGACAUAUAUGGAUAAACUAUCAAAACAUGGCCAGCAAGCAAAUAAAGCUGCACUCUAUGGAGAACUGUGUGCACUCCUGUUUGCAAAAAGUCACUAUGAUGAGGCAUACAAAUGGUGCAUUGAGGCAAUGAAAGAAAUUACAGCAGGCUUACCAGUGAAAGUUGUGGUGGAUGUUUUAAGACAAGCUUCUAAGGCUUGUGUAGUAAAACGUGAAUUUAAGAAGGCAGAACAGUUAAUUAAACAUGCAGUGUAUUUGGCACGGGAUCAUUUUGGAUCCAAACAUCCAAAAUAUUCUGAUACACUGCUAGAUUAUGGGUUCUACUUACUCAAUGUAGAUAAUAUUUGUCAGUCUGUUGCAAUUUAUCAGGCAGCCCUUGACAUUCGACAGUCAGUGUUUGGUGGCAAAAAUAUCCAUGUAGCAACAGCUCAUGAAGAUUUGGCUUACUCUUCAUAUGUCCACCAGUAUAGCUCUGGGAAAUUUGACAAUGCACUAUUUCAUGCAGAAAGAGCUAUUGGUAUCAUUACCCACAUCCUACCUGAAGAUCAUCUUCUUUUGGCUUCUUCAAAGAGGGUGAAAGCACUUAUUUUAGAGGAGAUUGCAAUUGACUGUCAUAAUAAGGAAACUGAACAGAGGCUACUUCAAGAAGCUCAUGAUUUGCACCUGUCUUCACUCCAGCUAGCUAAAAAAGCUUUUGGGGAAUUUAACGUACAGACUGCAAAGCACUAUGGAAACCUUGGAAGACUUUAUCAGUCAAUGCGAAAAUUUAAGGAAGCUGAAGAAAUGCACAUCAAAGCAAUUCAGAUUAAAGAACAACUUCUUGGUCAAGAAGAUUAUGAAGUAGCCCUUUCAGUGGGACAUCUGGCUUCUUUAUAUAAUUAUGACAUGAAUCAGUAUGAAAAUGCUGAGAAACUUUAUUUGCGAUCUAUAGCAAUUGGGAAGAAACUUUUUGGUGAAGGCUACAGUGGACUAGAAUAUGAUUAUCGAGGUCUUAUUAAACUUUACAACUCCAUUGGAAAUUAUGAAAAAGUGUUUGAAUAUCACAAUGUUCUGUCUAACUGGAACCGGUUGCGAGAUCGGCAGUAUUCAGUGACAGAUGCACUUGAAGAUGUCAACACCAGCCCCCAGUCCACUGAAGAAGUGGUGCAGUCCUUCCUGAUUUCUCAGAAUAUUGAGGGACCGAGCUGCUGAGGGAGGACCUCAGUUAACCAAUUACCUUUUCCCAGAUUCCAGGGAAUUCAUACUGUGAAAUCAAAACCAUGUUGUUUUGGGGGGCUGGAAUUUGCAUUGAAACACUGGUCCAGUCCAUUGAAGACCCUAUUUUGGGUGAUCCCUAUCUUGCAGAGUGUCUGUAGGAAUAAGCGUGUAUUCAGUUACAUUCAGCAUGUACCGCAUGUGUAAGUAGUCUGGCCCACAUUUUCAACCUAGUAGAACAAACAAUAGGAAAUCUUUUUUGUUUUUAAAAAAUUCAUUUUGCAGAAAGCCUGAAAGAAUAAAACAUACCCCUAAAUAAAACUAUUUAAGAGUUUAAAAGAGUUGCAUUCUUAUUAUGUAAGGAUGAUUUUUAACAACUUUUUAAUAUGUAAUUCUUCCAUGUGGAGGUAUUCAAUACUGUAGUGUAAAGGAAUUUUAUGGGGAAUAUCUUUAUAUGCAGUAUAGAAAAGUUAACACAAGUACUUAUAAAAGAGGGACAUCCCAAAUUAUGUUUGGCUAUCUUGCCCGGAGAAGUGGAUAAAACCACUCUGUAUUACAAGGAAAGGACUGUCAGAUUUAUCUGAACUGGACCAGUGUUGAUCUGUAAAUAGAAAAUCUGAUAGACCAGUAUUACUGACUUUCUUUUUUUUUUUUUUUUUGGUACAACAGUGCAAGAUGCUCUGAUGGUAUUUACUAACAGGACCAGGAGGAUCUAAAAAGGACCAGCCUAAUGUAGAAGGUGAUUAUUUGGACCAGAGGCUUUAGAUUAUUGUUUUAGACCCUAUGUAUACUUUUAUCGGAAUGAUUUUAUUUAGAUGUAUGAUGAAAAAGGAUAAUGCAAAAAUUAUAUUCAUGUAAUAGAUACCAAUUAGGAAAGUUUGGCAAUUUCAGUGACGUAUUUUUAGUCAAGGUACACAGAUGGCAGUGCCAUAAGCAAGUCUAUUAAAUAUCGGCUGCAGCCAUCCCCCUCAUUUUAAAUGGUGCCCUAAUAAUCAAUGCAGUUAACAAGUGUAUUGGCUGUGAGUCAUGAAAUAGCUCAUGUUCAGAUGGAAAUGUUAGGUUACUGUAUGGUUUAUGGAGAUUAAUGAAAAUGAAUGCCCAAAAAUAAGUCUUAGAAAAUCUUCUGUUUUUAUGGUAAAUAGUAAUACAACUAGGUCAUUUCAUUUGAAAUCUAGGAGUCAAAUGGAAAGAUCCCCUAAUAAUACAACGAUUUCACUAACUUGACUCUCUGUUUAUUGGGUUUUGAUUUGAUUUUUUUAAAGCCAGUCAAGUUAUUUAAUAAUGAGGUAAUAAAUUUAAGAAUUUGUGACAUGUAGUAAUUCAAGAAACAAAAAGGUGUUUUGCUGUUACCUCAAUUCUUACUGUAGUAGCCUAACUAAUGCUUCUAUAGUUAAGAAUCUGGGUUCCCCCCCUAUUUUCAGGGGUUCAUGACUUGGCUGUUAAAGAUGUUGCUCCUAGCUAAUGUUUGGAGUAGUCUGUGGGUGAAUGGAUGUGUGUUGAAUUUUAGUUUUCUUUUAACAUGCAUGUUGGGUGAGAGGGGAAAAAAUCUAAACUGUCUGCCGCAUUGAUCUUGAGUACAGAAAAAUUAAUUGUAGGUUUCAAAUUUUAUUAAUAUUUUAAGCACUUUUUUGAACUUCCCAACCUUGUUUGAAGCUGUUAUUUGCAGUCCUAUUAGUUAUAAGCCAGUGCAUUUAAGUCCCUAGGAGGGAAUUGGUUGGGGGAUGUGAAAGAGUUGAAGCAUGCCCACACCCUAAGAUGAUAACUGGGUGAUUUAGAAACCUGGGUUUAUUCCUCAAAUUGAAUUAUUUUCUUUUUAAAUUUGGAAGAGUAGAUUGACAUACUUGCAGUUUAUGAAGCUGCCCCCACCCCUCACCCCUCAGUUAAUUGCAGUCUAAUGCCAAGAGGCACUCUUUAUUAAUUACCAAAUAGUCUUUGUGACCAGGGACUAAACGUUUUUAAGUUACUCAGCUCUAUCCUCAUGGGCCUAUGUAUUUAAUACCUCCAAAGAUCUUUUCAGGAUAGGCUUUGUAUGCUUUUAUGGUAAUUUAGAAUCCAGUGGUAUGUUUGUGGUAUAGGAAUGUCAUGGUAAAUGUUUUUUAAUAAAUAUUUUGAACAUGUUUCCAUAUGAAGUUUUUUUUUUUUUCAAUCUGUAUUUUUUGGUUUUGUGCACAUACAGCAUUUUCUGGGAUAAAAAUAAACAAAUGACUUACAGCCUCAUUGUCCCUAACUCAGUUUGAACUCAGCUUAGCUCACACUCAGUGAUAAAACAACAUGGUGUUUAAAAGUUAGAAGCGUAGGAUCACAGGGUGAUAAUGUCAAUUGGCAGCCAGUUUUGUUUUUCUGAAACAUCGUUAUUGGCAGUUUCUUCUUAUCACCACUGCUUUAAUGUAUAUAUAUAUAUAUAUUAUUUUUUUGUAAAUCCACAUACUUUAAUGCAUACACUCUAGCUUAAGAAAACAUUUUCACUUUUGGUUAGGGAUCUGACUUAAUACACUAUUAUUUCUGGUUCUAAUGAAGAGUAAUACCUUAUAACUUUAAGAUUCAUCCUUUUAGUAGGGAUGUUUAGGACAAGUUAGACGUGUGCGGCUAUGAUUUGUUGGUUUUUAAAAAAAAAAUCUCGAAGAAAGGAAUAAAAUUUAUCUUACAAUAAGUUACCUUGCACAAACUUUUUACAUAUGGUGAAGUGUGUAAGGAAGCCCUGGCCAACUUAAAGGUUUUUCUGGAGGUUCAGCAAAGUCAUGUUAAAUGAGGGCCUUUGAUCUCAUCCUCCUCUGACUCUUCUCUUCUACCCAGUCUUUUCCUAAGGUUUGGUGCUACUCAAGUUGGGUGCAUUAGGGAUCUCUGUCUGCACUCGCAUGUGUCGCUCAGGUCGCCAUUCAUGCCUGCAUUCCAUUUAUUAGAGCUAAUUGGGAUUUUUAGAGCAUAAUCUAAUUUAGAGUCCUUAAAGCUGACUUUGCCAGAGGGAUUGAGACCCUUAUUACCAUCAAAUCUCUGUCUCUGCUUGGUUAAAAAUUGAUUCACUAUUGCUUUAUAGUAACCCAUGCCCAGGUAUUUUUUUAUUUGUGAAAAGAAAGGAUUUGAGAAAGACCUUGGGUCCUAGUCUGUUAGGAAGAGUUUAUAAUUUUGUGAAAAUUAAGUACAGAGGCUGCAAUCUUAGAAAUAAUGAGGGUGCCAUCUGGCUGCUCCCUAAUAGUGCACACCAAAAAACUGCAGUAAACACAUGCCGAAACAUGAUUGAAACCUUUGGCCAAAGCUUUAUACAUAGAAAUAAUGAUUUGCUCAUAACAGGUAUCGUUAACUGCCAUUUUUUAUGUUUUUCCUAAAACAUAAAAACACAAAUUUCUGUAGCCUUGCUGCUUCCUUUUUAUUUUUUUGAGUGGCAAAGUUACUGCUGGAAAAACACUAAUUUAUAAGUACAAAUUUUUCUUAGAGUUUUGUUUGCUUUAAAAGUGAACGUGUAUUUCACCUCUUGGCUAUGGAGGAUCUUCGUUGCCAGGAAAUUCUUUUUUUUUUUUUUUUUAGACAGAGUUUCACUCUUGUUGCCCAGGCUGGAGUGCAAUGGCACUGUCUUGGCUCACUGCAGCCUCCACCUCCCCGGUUCAAGCAAUUCUCCUGUCUCAGCCUCCUGAGUUACUGGUAUUACAGGCACCUGCCACCACGCCCAGCUAGGAAAUUCUUUUCUUGUUAUUAAAUAUGACAUUUGGAUUAAUCUCCAGCUUCAACACUAGUUCUUUUGUCCAUAAAUCUCAGGAAUGUUUUAGGCAGAAAACUGGUUUUACCCUGUUGAUAAUCAGAAGGAGUGUGCUUUAGGAUUUAUUGCAUAAUACUAUUCUUUAAUUGCAGUCCUAGGUAUCUAUAGCAUGAGUGGCCUUAGUGAGUUUGUUGAAGUGCACAUGUUUUUCAAGAGUAAAAUUUAAGAUUAAAAAUAUAUGCUAUAUAUAGAUAUCUAGAAAACUUGGUUUGUGGUGCACAGUUAAGUGUUGGAUCACUAAAUAACCAUUGCAGGUACCAUUUGUGUAACAUUACUCAUUUCUGUAUAUUCCUUUUAUGGGAGGAUAUGUUGCCAUGGUAACUAAAACUUUUCAGUUUAGUUCUACUUUUACGAUGUGAAUGAAUGCUACAUUUUACUAAAUAUUACCAGGUCAGUACUAUUUUUAUACUUUAUUAAGCAACAGGGGAUUUCAGUUUAAUAGACUCAAAAAGUUCUUAAUGGAACAGUUAAAAGCAAAACACUAACAAUCUAACAUGAAAAUCCCCACUAGUAGUGCCACAAUAAUUUCUAUAGAAAUAUCUAAGGUCAUUAAAUAGAUUUUUGAAGACAAUUCUUCAUUAUGUCAGGAUGACCUUUCAUAUCAUUCUCACCAACUUGUAGUGCCCACCAUUAUUUGUAACUAUUAAACCAUACUAAGUAUGUUUGUAACCAGCAUUGUGAUAUAUUCUGUACUUGUAUUGCUAAAAAUGAAUUAUUGACCUAAUAAAUAUAGAGUUCCUGCA